CGGCGCGGCGCCGCUGCCGCUGCCCGACGCGGGCGCGCUGGACUGGGCCGCGCUAGUACACACCGCCACCCGGGCCAUGCUGCAGGUAACACAUGUCAUGUUACUGGGUGAGGGCGGGCGCGGCAGCAGGGAGGCGGGCGGGGGCGCGGCCGGCGCGGCGCCGCUGCCGCUGCCCGACGCGGGCGCGCUGGACUGGGCCGCGCUAGUACACACCGCCACCCGGGCCAUGCUGCAGGUAACACAUGUCAUGUUACUGGGUGAGGGCGGGCGCGGCAGCAGGGAGGCGGGCGGGGGCGCGGCCGGCGCGGCGCCGCUGCCGCUGCCCGACGCGGGCGCGCUGGACUGGGCCGCGCUAGUACACACCGCCACCCGGGCCAUGCUGCAGAUCUGUGAGGAGCACCAAUACCCAUCGAUGGACAACACCGACCCCUCAUUAGAAAACAAUUGCCAACGAAACUAG